CUGGGAAAGAAUAUGCCUCAAGUUGCCGGUAACCUCAAAUGGUCGCAGGAGCUCCGAAGCCGGAUUCUGACUCACAGGAGUAACCUCUGCCAGCUGCCCCACAUGCCCCUGGAUUGUGCAGAGGCACAAGAUGUCCUCCAGAGGUGUGAACGCGUUCUUGAGGUUUUGGACCAGCGUGAUGAGGAGAUGUUCUUAGAGUGGACCGAGGGGCUUGAAGAAAUCUGUGAAACACACCUCAAGGAGCCACUGUUGGCACUGGAUAGUGAAACUGGCUUCUUCCAGGUCAACUUCAGUCCUGGUGUAAGCCCAAAGACGAUUGAUUUUUGAACAGACUUUAAAAACAGAUAAAAGAUAUUCCAUAGAGGCAAGUAAAGGUGAAAAUCU